AUGGCUUCAAACCCUUCCACGUCCAACCUUAGAGAGCAGAUCGAGGCGACAGCCCGUGCCUUCUUGUCUGCUUUCGAAGAAGGCGCAGCCCAGAACGACGCAUCCAUCAUCAACCGCGACGUUACGGGGGACUGCACUCGUCACCUGCUUCCUGCAUCCAUACCCACAGCAUUUGGUAUGCCAGUGGACACAGCCUUCGACACGGCCAGUUUUCAAGGCCUCUUUGGGAAUGAUAUCAGAGUCUUAAACUUCAAGGAUAACAUCAUGUCGAACUUGAUCAUCGACACGGGGGCGCGCCGCGCCGCUUUCACAGCUGCAGCCGAUGUGUAUGUAAGAAGCAGUGGAGAGAAAUACUCUUCUGAGGCUGCUUGGUUCUUGUACUUCAAUGAGGACGGGUCCAAAGUCAAGAAAGUGGUCGAGUUUUGCGACAAGGACGCCCUAUUGAAGAUGGCAAACGACGUGGCAGCUGCUUAG